AUGGGAUUCUAUAUCAGCUUGAGAAGAGGAGGGGAGAGGGCUGCCAUUGACUCUCAAAGAGGCUGUGAGUAGACAUGGGGGUGAAAUUUGAUUCAGUUUGCAUUUUAGGUGAAUUUUCCUAAUUUACACUUUCCAAAACAAAAUGCAGUUCUCCAGCCAAGUAAUGUGUACAAAAAUGCACAUCCUAAGGGAAAAUAUACAUUAAAAUGCAAACUGGUACAGAGAACUAAACAUCAGUGUGAAAAACUGAGAGAAACCCAAGCUGACAGAUUCACCUGUCCCUAGUCAAAACAUGUGAUGGCGGUAGUGAUCUCUUCUCUGCCCUUAUGAGAUUCACAUCUGCCUGUUCAUCAUUAUUAAUCUAGGCAGUGGACACACCAAAACAACCUUGGAUGCAGAUCUCAGCAUGCAGGCAAGAUGAUAUGUGUGUAGUGGUCCAACAAAUAGCUUGGGUUCAAUCCAUUUAUAAUGGUAUAAAGGUUAAAGCCAGCACUUUAAAAUGGGGCUCAGAAAUGCACCCAAAUUCAGUGCAGCUGGUAGAGCAAAGGGCCUCACCCCCAUUCCUAACUCUGGUAGACACACUCUGAACAAGCUAAAGUUUCCAAACUGUGCUUAAAGGCAGACCCAGUUAGACAACUUUAUUAAGAUUCCUUAUAUAUAUUUAUUAGUUAUUUUGUUUUGGGCUUCUUAUAAUUCAGCUGCCUUUAAUUAAGUACACUUAUUGUGAUUGUAUUACAUUUUUAUCUUUAAGCUGCCUUGGAAGAAUUUAGCUUUUAAAGACCAUAUACAAUAUUUUAAAAUAAUAAUAAUAGUACAGUGGUACCUCGGGUUACAAACACCUCGGGUUACAAACACUUCGGGUUACAGACUCUGCUAACCUGGAAGUAGUACCUCGGGUUAAGAACUUUGCCACAGGAUGAGAACAGAAAUCACGCACCAGCGGCGUGGCGGCAGUGUGAGGCCCCAUUAACUAAAGUGGUACCUCAGGUUAAGAACAGUUUCAGGUUAAGAACAGACCUCCAGAAUGAAAUAAGUUUGUAACCAGAGGUACCACUGUAGUACUAAAAAUAUGGAACCAUCAAGAAUUUCCUAAAGGUAGUCGCUCUGAGAUAGAGGCAGAGUUCUGGUGAACUUAGGGGAGAGCACAGCGACCAAUAAAAACUUUUUGUUUCUCACACUUUGUAAACACUCCAGUUGGUGCUCUUCAUGCUGCAUCAGCAACACAAAUGGAAAGGGUGGCAUUUGGCUCAAUAUUGUUACUGCAUAGAGCAGAUUGAAUAGCCUUCUUUCUUACUGAAAUGCAGCUAUUUUGAUAUAUUAGACAUCUUCUAAGGAAAUUUCAGCAUGAUAUGCAAACCAUGCCAAGUCAUUUCACCAUCAUGUGUAACAUAGUAGACUAUAAAUUUAUUUGGCUGUCUCACUGAGGCUGUAUAUUUUCCCUGACAAAAUUCUCAACUUCCAUAUGAAUAUACAAUCCUUCUUUGCAAAAUACUUUUUUGGGGGGGAGAGGGGACUAGUUAAUAUAUUUAAUACCUCAGUGCCAGACAGUAUAUUCUAAUAUGUCUCUUUAUCAAAGACCAUAGAUUUUCAAAACUGCAGGAAAAAGAUGGCUCUAUUUUGGUUUGCAUUUGAGUUUAGAUUUAAUGUAGCCUUUAAAUAAUUGCAAAGUGAGCGCGUAUUUUGAUUCUUUCCCAGCCUGCCUGAAGAAGUAUGGGUCUUUUCAGCCACCAGAGCCAUGUUGUUUGAUCACUAAUGCUGGCUGAGUGGGUUUGUUUUCUAGGAGACUAGUCCUAUCCCUUGUUGUAGAAAUAUAUUCAAUACAGGAAGCAAUUAUUCACUAAUCUUCAGCAGUAGCAAACUGAAUCCUAUGCUAAUCAAUAUAAUUCAUCCACCACUGAAUGCAUAAGCCACUGUUCUGUUGCUUCUUCCAUCACAAAAGACAUGGGUAGAAAACAGAAAGGGGAGUGGCUAAGCACACAGCUUCUUGCAAGGGGCUGGGGGGCAGGCAGAGGCAGCCUAUAUACUGCAGCUGCUAGGUUCCUGUUGGUGGCAACCAAAUCAGCCAUUAUUGUGGGUCAUGCUUCGCUCUCACCCCCAUGUUUUCUCACAAAAGCAAAAUCACUUCCCCACUGGAGUAUGUAGCAGCUAUUUAUCUCUGGGAUAAGGGCUUUGUCCAGAGGGGCAUUGUUGGGACUGGAGGAGAAACUUGACUCUCCCACCCUACGCAGGAAUGUAGGAAACAAUCUUAUACUGAGGCUGCAUACACUCUAUAGUUUUAGUGCACAUUUGAAACAUAUUUCCCCCCUCAGGGAAUUUUGGACACUGUUGUUUGUUAAAGAUUGCUGGGAAUUGUAAUGCUGUAAGGGGUAAACUACAGUACCCAGAAUUCUUUGAGGGGGGAAAUGCACUUUUAAUAUGCUUUAAAUUUAUAGUGCUUAUGCAGCCCUAGCCAGACCACUGGUCCACCUAGCUCUGGAUAGUCUAUGCUGACUGGCAGGUGGUUUCCAGGGUUAUUUGGGGGGCAGGUUCACAUGCAAGACCCUGGAGUGUAGCACAGCCCCCCCCCCCAGUUCUGUGUUAUUAAUGCCCCAGCCAGGAUGAGUGUAGACUUUGACUACAUGAAUGACACAUUUCAGUAAUUUCAGCUCUGGCGUGUGGCAUCCAGCGAACACUAGAUCCCUAAAUCAGCAGUUACUGUGCAAGAUGGUUUGAAAGCACAUGGUGCAGCCUCAAGAGCAAUCGAAACAGUGAGUUGUCAAGCACAGGGAGCUAAAAGGUAAGCUCCAACCAUUUGUCCCCAAGAGCAUCUACUUUUCUGUUACCAAAGCAGAAAUGCUCUUGAUUUAUAUUUCCUUUUCGCUCUUUUAUAUCUCUGCUGAAAUAUAAACUGCCUCUCAUUCAGCGUAUAACAAAUGAAUGUGCGUUGGCAGCAGCUUGUGACAUUCAUGUAAUAUUUCCUGGAUGCUCCCUGAUUGGAAUCUAUCACCGGUGGAACAUUGUGUGCACCCUGAAUAGCAAGUCUGUCACCUUCUUUUAAAUUCAUUGAGAAGUGGCGCUGAUAACGCCUCUCAGACCUUUCAAGGCGUAUGCAUAUUAAGCUAACCGCUCCUGCAUAUAUUUGUCUCCUGUCGUAUUCUCGCCAUCUUCUACAAGCUGAAUACAAUGUAUCGAACUCGGCAUCCAGCAAUCAUGGAGGAGGAUCCUCUCCGCCCCUGGAACUCGGUCCCAAAAACAGUACAAAAUGAGAGGGAAAGGAGGAAAAAAUAUUUAAGGAUGAGGAGAGCCUUUGACUGCUCCUGCCACUCUUUGAUGAUGGUAAUGUUAACAACAACAACAACAACAACAACAACAUCUUCAGCCUGCAAAAGUGCCCUUGCCCAAGCACUGGAACUUUCUCUACCUGAUUUUUUUCCCCUUCCCCAUCUCAUUUUGGCUCCCAAUAUCUAAGAAUUUAACCAAAAUAUUUAUCUGAUCCCAACAUUCUCAGAUAAAUAUUUUGGUUAAAUAUUGGACACUAUGCGUCCAAGCAUGCUUUUGCCAGUGGGUAAAAUCCAGCAAAAGUUAGGCACAAUCUUGGUGGAAGAAUAUAUUUUUGUUCCAUUCAAUUUCAAGGGAAGUGAAACAUGCUCAGCUGUCUCUGGGUUGCAUUCCAUGCUAAAGCUGGCCUCUUCUUUUGAUCGUCCAUUUACUUGAUGCCUUUAUUUUUAUUUGGCAUUUUUCCCAAUCCUGAAGGAUCACAGUUGGCUGUAAGAUAUGGGAUUAGAGCCAGAUAAAUCUGAGUAGAAAGGAAAGUGUACAGGUCACUUGAGAGUGGCCCAGGCAGAAGUCUUAGCCUGGCAAUAACAUUGAUGGGCAGUAGCUAAUGCUGGUGAAGAAAGAACUACAGAAACCCACAUUUCCCAGGUGUGGCUUCAUUAGGCAACUGAGGAGACCCAGUGGGUCCACUGGAAAAUUUCCAGUGGUCAUACCUAUCUUAAUUUAGCAUGCUAUCCCUGAGGCAUCAUAUCUGACUGAAUUUACAGGUGCUUCCCUUUUGAAGAAGGUCUGUACAUUUAUAUCCUACCUUUCCUUCAAGGAGCUCAAAAUGGAGUUCAUGGAGCUUCUCCUCCCCUUUUCUUUCUCACAACCGGGUAAGUGGAAAUCCAGCAACUAGCCCAAGGGCACCCAGUAAGCUUUGUGACUGAGUGGGGAUUUGAACCCUGGGCUCCCAGGCCCUAGACCAAUACUUUAACCACUACACCACACCAGAAGUGCAAUCGUGCACACAAUAUUGAGGGGGAUCAGUGUCACGUGCACAUGUGACAUCAUGUGCGUGACACGUGUCAUGCACACAUCGUCAGGAGAAGACAAAGUAUGGAGCCCAGUACCUCUGGCCCUAGGAGUUAGUGCCUAUACGCUACACUGACUCUCUUACUACACUGGCUUUUUAUGAGGUGACAGACAUUAUACCUGAGGGACCAUUUUGCUCUUUAUACCUUUUACUGCUUUAUUGCUCUUCUCUUGCCCCUGGUCGCCCUCAGUCACAACUUCUUUUUUAAACUUCUUUUCUUUCUGCAAGGAGCAAACUUAUUUCUUGCCUGCGUUGGAUUUGCCCAGAACAAUGUCACUCUUUCCCUUAGUCACGACAGCUUCAGUAGCCAAAUUCUUAUCCUGACAUAGUAAUAAAGGCUUUUGCAUGAUUUUCACAGUGUUGGAAUAGCUGCCAGGUAAAGCUAAAACAGCAACUUGAAAGUUCUGUAUGACUUUUCAAGAAUCUCUGUAAGCUUCCAUUCUGAGGCCCUCUGACCUUCUUCUUGACCUCUGCCUUGUGUGAAAUUUCUCUCUCCUAAAACCGUUCUUUCUUUGUUCUUUCAUGACUACUCUUCUGAGAGUGAAGCAAUAGCCAAGUUUUUGACAAGGCUAGUUGAUUUAAAAUAUAUAUUUUUAGGAUUAAAUAUUUUGCAUACCUAAACUUCAGUAUCAACCAUUGCAAAAUUAAAUGUUAGGUUGAAGUAGGGAUGGUGGGAAAAAUUUCAGUCCACAUUUUAAAUCAUACCAACCUAAUAAGAUGGUUCUGAACUUAUAUGUGGAUUGGAAUGCAGCUGUUGAUUGGAUCACAUACUUCUCUGAAUAUUCAUAUAGAAUAUCUUCAGAAUGGAAAUCGUAUGAUACAAGAAUGUUGCCAGCUUAACAAAAGCACCACAUCCAUGUAUAGUUUCUCUGACACAGGUUUAUUUAAUUUACAAAUGUACUGAAUUGUGUGAGGGUUGUCUGUUUUUUUUUAAGAGCUCUCAAGGCUGCAUAAAUAAUAUAUAACUUCGUAGCACAUAGAAGUGGCACCAUGGAUUUUGGAAAGUUUAUGGGAGAUGGAUUUGGCAAGGAAGAGUUAAAACAUCCAGAAUACAAAAUGUUUGCAGCAGUGGUGCUAAAAGCACUAAAGCAGUUCCUUGAUGAACUUUCCAACAGAUUCAGCUAAAAUAAAGUGAAUUUGUAUAUGGAUGCCUGUCAUUUUUGCACAAUUUCCCGCAUUGACAGAACCAUGGGCUUUGAUGUAAAUUUGGCAGCAAUCCUAAACCAUUGUUUUGCUUCAUACCAUUUUGCUUUGUGCUGUGACUCUGUACAAUAUAUAUGUAAUCCUUUUUGUUGAACCAAUGAUGGCCUCUGGAAAUACAUGCUAAGCUACCAAACUCCUUACACUGAAGACAAAUGGCAACACCUAACUGCUCUCCUCCCAAUAAUACAGUAAUCCCAAAUGUUAAUUCAAAAUAACAAGUCAAGUUUGAUCACUAAGAGCUAUUGAAUAUACUGGGUUAUGGAGAAAUCUAUUAACAUCUGAAUGAAGAUCUGGGAAUGGAAGCAGUUCUUAAUGGUCAAAUCCUACGAUGGGACUGACAGAUCUUUAAAACCAUUACACAGGAGGUACACUGAAAAUUAAAAGCUACUGGCAUUUCUCUCAUUCCAACCUGGAGCCUUUGGGCACACCCAGUUCUGGAAUCAGGAACACUAUUUUAGAACCUCUGAAUUGCGAAGAACAGUAUUGGAAAUUCCCCUUGGACAACUCUGCUGGAGCUUAUCUUCUGAAGGCGGUACAACCCUCAGCUGGCUAUGGGGUUGUCAUAGCAAAAUAUUAUUUUUAUAUUGGCAUGGCUGUAGGUCAGUGGCAGAGCAAAUCUGUUACGUAUACAAGACCCCAGAUUAGAUAUCCAGUGUGUUCAGGUAAAGGUAAAGGACCCCUGGAUGGUUAAGUCUAGUCAAAGGCGACUAUGGGGUUGCAGCGUUCAUCUUGCUUUCAGGCUGAGGGAGCCGGCAUUUAUCCACAGACAGCUUUCCGGGUCAUGUGGGUAGCAUGAAACUGCUUCUGGCACAACGGAACACCGUGACAGAAACCAGAGUGCACAGAAAUGCCGUUUACCUUCCUGCCACAGCGGUACCUAUUUAUCUACUUGCACUGGUGUGCUUUCGAAUUGCUAGGUUGGCAGAAGCUGGGACAGAGCAAGGGGAGCUCACCCUGUUGCGGGGAUUCGAACCGCAACCUUCUGAUCAGCAGCCCAAGAGGCUCAGUGGUUUAGAUCACAGGGCCACCCAUGUCCCUUGUGUUCAGGUAAAGAAUCUCAGAUAAUAGGUUUGGGAAAGCUUGUGACACACCACCAUGCCCAACAAUCCACUACUCAACUCAGGAAACAUUGUGCCUUCUACGAAUGAUCCAGUUUCACCUCUCCCCCUCUAAGUGACAAUUAAAUUUCAGCAUUUAUCAGGAUGGACUAGAAUUAUUGAGAAAGGAAUUGCUUUUCAGAUCUUUUGAUGGCACAUAUUCAUAGAACCAAGGGAUUGUAGAGUUGGAAGGGACUUUGGAAAUCACUUAGCCUAACCUGUUCAACGUAGGAAUCUUGCUCCAACAGCAACCCUGAUAGAUGGCCAUCAACCCUCUUCUUAAAUACCUCCAGUGAAAAAUGGCCCUCCAAUUCCUGAAGUGGAAUAUUGUCAUGUCAUACUAUUGGGUAGUUUCUCUUGAAACAGUUGAAGGGUACCAACUUCACGAAGGCUGGUCUAAAAUGACCUGGCUGCACUUCUGCUCAGAGGAUCUUCCAAUCCUGAAGACUGGGCGUUUUUCAGAGCACUGUUCCCCUAGAGAUUGAGCGUGUGUUGUUUCUCUGACACUCACCCUUCACUAGGCUGAUCAGCCAUCUGCUCCAAGGUUGCUUCCUCGCACAGGUGUGUGGCAGCAAAUUAAUAGGAAGGAGCCACCGGAAAUAAAGUGCCUUGCACUUUAUGAUCAGUCACCCCUCAUUAUUUAUUCCCUUUCAAGCCACUGCAAAAUGUCCACUUGGGAUCUGCAUCAAUGGGAAAGUAAUCCUUCAAUGCUACUUACUGUUUGAGAGUUCAAGCCCGAUCAUUUGUUAGGCUCCAGCCCAGGAUGCAGAGCUCCUUCACACUCUUUGAACUUGUCAAAUUGCUCCAGGAAGGGCUGCAGAACAGAAAAGGAUGAAGCUCUAUUGCUGAAUAGCUGCAGUGUGCGCCUUCCUGCGUAUAGAAUAUCUUUGCAGCACAUGUCAAGUGCUUUACCUAUGCCUGGAAGUAGGUGCCUGGUUUAUAACUGUAAGAUGCAUUUACAGGAAAGGCUGUUUAUUACCCAUUUUACAGGUCCAUCACAGACCCUGUGCAAAACUGGAAAGUCGAGUCCAUUAGCCUCAUCCAGAUUCUCAGGCACACCUGGUUUUUAGUUUUAGAGGCCAACAAAUCCAGGACAGCCCUUGAUAAUUUAAAAGACAUAAUGUUGGUUAUAUGUGAUCUCUUUUAUUGGGUUUUGUGCGUGGAGAGGUAAUGUGCCAAGUUUCUAUGUGGGAGAUCCAGCUCAUUUGUCCAUUCAGCCUCAAUGAUCCCGGUGGUGGUGGUGAUAAGAAUUCAUUUCAUAUAUGCCUCACUUCCAAUGAGGGAUCUCAAAGUGAUUUACAGCUGAAAAGCAGAUUCAUCUGACAGGGCUCCAGACACUAUGAGACAGUUCACUAGCACUAGCUACUUCAUGUUGCACUAAGGAUGUAGUUUCCCUCCACCUGGGAAAACCGCAGGGCUGGAUCAACCACAGGGCUACAAUGCCAUUUGCAUUCUUCAUUCUCGUUUGAAGAACCAAUCAGUUUUGCACCAGAUUGGGUUUUGAUGAUUGACCUCUUUCUUAGGGGUCCGAGAUGGGAUUGCCUUUGCUUAAAUAAUUGCAUAAGGGCUUUUUGUAAUCAUAUCACAGCCAAAGAUGCCUUACAAAGAUGCCCCAUUGCCACAUGGAGACAGCAGAGGGAGCUUCUACAUGGCCAGGAGCAGUCUAGUUUGAGGAGGUAAGAAAUCCCUGGGCAUUGAAUCCUUAUGCAGCAUCUUAUGGGCUGUUGCACUGGAAGUUAGCUUAGCUGCCUUACACCUCAGUGCAUUUGCACAUCUAACCUAUUCUGCCAGGUACUGGUUCUCCAGCUUCUCAGGCAGAGAGGUCUUUCACUUUAUCUUCCGCCUGGUCCUUUCAACUGGGGAUGCUAGGGAACAACUACAUGCAAAGAAGGUCCUCUAUCCCUGAGCCAUUGGCCCCUUUGGAGAAGUCCAAAGGAAUUAGGCUGCCUUUCGCUUUAGAUAAAAUGGGACCAUGCAACCAUUUUCAAUGCUAUGAUUUAACUUCAUUGUUAAACAUUACUCUUGCCGCUAGUGCUUAGAAAGUGGUACGGCAAGAACGGCAGAGCGGGUUGCAAAACCAUUCACACCCAUGUCCAGAAAGCACAGAACAAGCGGAAAACAUCUCAGAUCUGUGCUUUCUAGGCAUGGGACAAGGGGAAGGGUGGAGAAGCCAUGAAUUCAAUGGGAUUUUCUUUCUAGUAAAUGGGUUUAGGAUUGCAGGGUUGGAGAACCACAGCCUAAAUGUUGCUUAAACAAUCAUGGUGAUAGGUACUUGGGUGAUGGGUAUCAUAUUAAUCAUAUUUAGAUUUUCCACAAGUGCAAGGGAGGUGGUAAUGGUUCAGGCAAGUUAUGUGGAAUCGACAUGCAUAUAAAAAACGCUGUGAAAAUGAUAUUAUUUUUUUUAAAAAAAUGUUUUGAAAAAGACAUUGAAAUUUGCAUAGCUCAUUGUCACCAUCUAGUGUCACAUUUAUAUUUAAAACGUUUUAUUUGCAGUUGUAUAGCCGAGUCCUCAUUUUCAUUUUUUAAAAGAGAACAUAUUGGACCUGUCUGCUUCCUACAGAGCUGUGCAAUGCAAAAAGUUGAUGCCUAGGGAGCCAUAA